AUAACAAUAAUAUGCAUGCGUUUACGUGGCGGGUAUACAGUAUGGUUUCUUUCGAAAUUGUUGUUUAUUGACUUGGUGCAGAAUUCCGCUGAGGUCAGUACCUUCGAGAAGGAGAAACAAUGUCGUCAAGGGCAAAAGAGUGUUUACAUGGCAUGGUAAAGGCUAUGACGCGCAAGAAAAAAAUCACGGAUGAUAUGUAUGAGACGCCAUUAAAACGAUGCCUUACCACGUUUGAUCUCACGUUACUUGGAAUUGGUCACAUGAUAGGUGCUGGUGUCUAUGUUUUAACUGGAACCGUUGUCAAGAAUUUAGCUGGACCGUCUGCCAUUUUGUCCUACCUCUUUGCGGGAUUUGUUGCUUUGUUAGCCGCUCUUUGUUAUUCGGAAUUUGGCGCCAGAGUACCAAAAGCAGGGUCGGCUUACACGUACACGUUUGUCGCUAUUGGAGAACUUAUGGGUUUCAUUAUUGGAUGGAAUAUUAUUCUAGAACAUUUACUAGGGGCAUCAUCUGUUGCCCGAGCCUGGAGUGGUGCAAUCGAUUCUUUAUUUAAUGGUGCUAUCAGAAAUGGUACUAUAGAACAUAUUGGACACUUAGGAAAAGACUCCAAGUGGAUCUCUGACUAUCCCGAUUUUAUCGCAUUCGUAAUAUCAAUAAUCAUUUUUAUUGUAAUAGCAACUGGAGCAAAGUUUUCAAUGAACUUUAAUAACGUUUUUACUUUGAUCAACGCAAUUGUUAUAAUAUUUGUCAUUUGCGCGGGAUUUUACUUCGCUGAUCUUGCAAACUGGACCGAUCCAAGUAGGGGUGGAUUCUUUCCUCAUGGUUUUGGAGGAACAUUAUCUGGUGCAGCUACAUGUUUCUUUGCAUACGUAGGAUUUGAAGGAAUUGCAGUUGCUGGGGAAGAAGCUAAGAAACCCGAGAAGUCUAUCCCAUUCGGCACUUUUCUUGCUUUAUCUAUCGUAUCCCUGCUGUAUGUGUUAGUAACAAUUUCAUUAACCCUUAUGGUACCGUACUAUGAAGUAUCGACUACAGCAGCAUUCCCGAUGGCAUUUGCAACACGUGGAGCUCAUUGGAUAAAAGUCAUUGUUGCAUUUGGUACUUUGUUUGGACUUACAACUUCACUGUUAGGAUCUGCUUUCUCCGUCACAAGAGCAAUUUAUGCAAUGGCUUCAGAUGGUUUGUUGUUUUCGGUUUUAGGCUAUGUUCAUCCAAGAACACAGACCCCCGUCGUGGGAAUUGCAGUUUUUGGAUUGAUAUCAGCUUUUAUGUCAUUGUUAUUUGAAAUGGAAACACUUGUAGAAUUUAUGUCGAUUGGAACACUUUCUGCGUACACAAUCGUCGCUGCGGCUGUAAUAAUCGUUCGUUACCAGUCUAUUGAAGACUGUCAGUUUAAAUUAAAACCGGAAGAGGAAGAUUUAGAUACAGCAGCUUCCGGUGUAAAUGAAGAAAGUGCAAUAAUUAAAAAAUCCAAAAGUCAUGACGAUUUUGGAAAGUUGAAAGAAAAACUACGUCAUCUUCCAAUACUUAAAACAGUACCAGCAGGAAGGGCUGCUCUCUAUGCCACUUAUUCCAUCAUUGUUUUUAUAAUAUCUUUCUGUUUUGUUUUGAUAGUAGGAUUUGAUUAUCUGAGAGAUGGUGCUUGGUGGGCUAUACUUUUAGAGAUACUGUUUGCAGCUGGUAUGGUUAUAUGCUAUCUAAUCAUGAUUGCACAUGAGAAAAAUGAUGCGUUUAUAACAUUUCAGAUGCCAUUUGUUCCCGUAAUACCAUGCUUAAGCAUGUUCUGUAAUGUUUGCUUGAUGAUGACAUUGAACCAUCUGACGUGGAUUCGACUUGCCAUUUGGAUAGCUAUAGGUUUAUUGCUGUAUUUCUGCUAUGGUAUGUGGCACAGUCACGAGCGAAAUCAACCGGAAGUCUAUGAUCAGAUGAUAAAUUAUACAGGCGAUGCAGAACUGACUACUUCAAUGCAAAGAUUAGAGGAAGACAUACGCGAGCAACAACCAAAACGUAAUACAGAAGAAGCUUACGUCCAAGAUUCAUAUGGAUCUAUGUAAAGAUAUCAUUUCAGAAUCUCAAGCAUUGUACAAGAUUCAUAUGGAUGUAUGUAAAGCUACCUUUUCAAAAUCUAAGGUAUUGUUGGUAAUCUUACAUACAAGAUUGAUGUGGAUCUAUUUUAAGCCACCUUUUCAGAAUCUUAAGCUUUGUUGGUAAUUGUUUCGUUAACGAUUUAUAUGGAUCUAUGUAAAGCCACUAUUUCAAAAUCUAAGGCAUUGUUGAUUAUCUUACAUACAAGAUUGAUAUGGAUCUACUUAAAUCCACCUUUUCAGAAUCUUAAGCUUUGUUGGUAAUGUUUCGUAAACGAUUUAUAUGGAUCUAUGUAAAGCCACCAUUUCAGAAUCUAAAGCAUUGUGGGGAACAUUUUCAAACAUUUACAAUGUUCUAAUCAACCACAAGUCAUGUCUAGCAUCAAUUUCAUUUUGAUAUACGAAUAAUGAAAUUACCAAUUAUCCUUUAAAUUCUGCAACUGCAAAUACAAAAGAUGUGAUAAGAGUGAAUUGUACUGACAGUAGGGUCCUAGAUGUCCAUUACUUUUGUUAAUACCAAGAAAGUCAAAUGA